AUAUAUUAGUACAAAUAUUUAGAAAUUUAUUAAAAAUCUGUACAAAAAGUUUUAUGUAUACUAAAUUUAAGAACAAUAUAGAUAUACUGUAUCACAGUGAAAAUUUUAUAGUAGUUUCCAAACCCUAUGAUAUGUGCAUUAAUAGCAAUAAUCCUGAGAAAAAGGAUACGCUUCAAUUUGAAUUAAAAAGAGUUUUACCAAACUUAGCCAAUCCAAAUUUAUUUCAUGAAUUUCAUUUUGUGCAUAGAUUAGAUUAUGCAACCAGUGGAGUAAUAUGUAUUGCACUAAAUAAAAAAGCAGCACGAGCUGCUUCAAAUGCUUUUGAAACAAGAACUGCUAAAAAAUUUUAUUUGGCAUUACUUCAUGGUCACAUUAAUGAAUCUUAUAUUAUUAUAGAUAAAGCAAUUGCAGGAAUAGAUAUAAGAGAAAAGAAAGGAAAUCAUAAAAUGUGUGUUAGUGGAAAUGCAUUUUGUGAGAAACCACGAAAAUCCUAUACAGUUCUUGUAGUAUUAGAACGAGGUUUUAGGAAUGGGAAGCCAGCUACUAAAGUUCUAUUAUGUCCUGCAACUGGCAGAAGACAUCAAUUAAGGGUACACUGUUCUCAUAUUGGUCAUACUGUGAUAGGAGAUUAUACGUACAGUGAAAGAAAAGAUAUAGAACCAUAUAGAACAUUUUUACAUUCCUUCAGGUAUGUUUGUACAUAUAGACUAUAUAUCAGAUCUUAUUAUCAAUUUAUCUUUCUUUAUCUUUCAAGGUUGAUAUUAAGCAAUCAAAUUGAAAAUUUAGAUGUAAAAAGUACAGACCCGUUUCAAGCUUCAGAUCCAAGAAAUCAAUGGUUACCAACAAAUAUUGCACGUGUUUUAGAUGAAAAUAUAUUUUCUGAUAUUGAUGAUCUUAUGCAAUAAAAUAGACAUAGUAAUCUUUUGCAU